CUAUAUGCUUGUCCAUAGCUCUCUAUAACAAGCAAAAACACUUAAAUCCCACUGGGACCACAAGGGGGAGGAGCGUGACGUCAUUUUUCUGCGCCGACUGAAGCUGGUAGCUGCUGUGAAUGAAAAGUUAGCAGCGCGCGGCUGUUAUUAAGAUGCCUCUGCCACCAGCUCUUCUGGCUCGUCUGGCCAAGAGAGGAAUCCUAAAGCAGUCAGAACAUGACAAUGAAGAGGAAAUCAUUGCUGAAGACUAUGACGACAACAAUGUAGACUAUGAAGCUACAAGGGUUGAAAAUUUACCCACCAACUGGUACAAAGUACUGGACCCUACCUGUGGUCUCCCAUACUACUGGAACGUAGAGACAGACUUGGUGUCCUGGUUGUCUCCCAAUGACCCUGCUGCGCUCAUCACUAAAGCAGCCAAGAAGCAGAGAGUGGAGAUUGUAGAUGAUCGAGAAGAAGGUCACCACGAGAAGUCAGAGAGGGAGCGAGAGCGUGACCGAGAACGAGAGAGAGAGCGAGAGCGGGAUCGGGACAGAGAGCGGGAGCGAGAGAGGGAUGAUGGACGGGACAGAGAGAGAGAAAGGGACAGGGAUCGAGACCGAGAUCGAGAAAGAGAUCGACGAACGAGGAGAGAAGACAGCGGCCCGUAUAACAAGUCAAAGAGAGGUGGAAGCCGGAAGCAGGAAGAGAUGGAUCCUAUGGAUCCCAGUGCCUACUCAGAUGCUCCAAGGGGCUCAUGGUCCACUGGCCUGCCUAAGCGCAAUGAAGCCAAAACCGGAGCAGACACCACAGCAGCAGGACCUCUGUUCCAGCAGAGGCCGUACCCCAGCCCGGGAGCAGUGCUGAGGGCUAACGCUGAGCUCACCAGACGCCUAGAGGAGGAAGAGGAGGAUGACGAUGACUAAGCAAGAAAGCAGCCUCCUAUAGAGCCUUUAUAAAAUGGAAUGCAGGGACAGAAAACACCUAGUAUUUUAAAACUAUAUAGGCAGCUAUAGUAAUUCCUGCUCACUUUUUUCACUCUUGCUGAUGAUAAAUAUUUCUAAGUUAAACUCAGCCAGUCAUUUCUCUCCUUUAUCCACUUUUCUUGUAAAGCUUUAGAUUAAAGCCUUUACCGGACAGGAACAUCUAAUCAAGGGCUUUUUAUGAACCGUUAUUGAUUGAAUUAAGCCUAUUUGGGGUUAAUAAAACCACAGCGGAGGUCAUAAAAUUGCGUUCUGUUCUUUAAAGGGCUGAACAAAGGUUUAUAAAGGCUCUAUGGGAUUUCUUGCCAUCUCUUCAUUAACAAGGCACAAGUACAGUGGUAUCCGUGUGCAUGUUUUUUUAUGGUUCCUAGUUGUCAUUUGUAAAUAUACUUAUGUAUUAUACAUUUUGUAGUACAACAGUACUGUGUUUUAUUUGAACUGAAAGAUCUGGAGAUUGUUGUAAAAAGGAAGUGUUUUAUUUCCUGCUGGAUUAAACCUUUUUGAAUAAUACAA